AGAGCCUGUGUCAGCAGCAGAUCGUGCGUGUGUGCCGUUCCGUUACAAAACCCAACUCGACAUCAUGAGAGAAAUCGUGCAUCUGCAGGCCGGUCAGUGCGGCAACCAGAUCGGUGCUAAGUUCUGGGAGAUCAUCUCCGAGGAGCACGGCAUCGAUAAUAGCGGCAUCUACAAAGGCGAGUCGGACCUACAGCUGGAACGCGUCAGCGUCUACUACAACGAAGCCUCAGCCGUUUCGCGUUCGUCCGGCGGGAAGUAUGUGCCGCGCGCCAUCCUGCUCGAUCUGGAGCCGGGAACGAUGGAGGCCGUCCGCUCCGGUGCCUACGGCAAGCUGUUCCGUCCGGACAACUUCGUGUUCGGGCAGUCCGGGGCCGGCAACAACUGGGCCAAGGGCCACUACACCGAGGGUGCCGAACUGGUGGACGCCGUGCUCGAUGUGGUGCGCAAGGAGUGCGAAAACUGCGACUGUCUGCAGGGAUUUCAACUAACGCACUCGCUCGGCGGUGGCACCGGCUCCGGAAUGGGCACACUGCUGAUCUCGAAGAUCCGCGAGGAGUACCCGGACCGGAUCAUGAACACGUACUCGGUUGUCCCGUCCCCGAAGGUGUCGGACACGGUGGUCGAACCGUACAACGCGACCCUCUCGAUCCACCAGCUGGUCGAGAACACGGACGAGACGUACUGCAUCGACAAUGAGGCCCUGUACGAUAUCUGCUUCCGCACGCUCAAGGUGCCGAAUCCGAGCUACGGCGACCUAAACCAUCUCGUGUCGCUGACCAUGUCCGGCGUAACCACCUGCCUGCGGUUCCCGGGUCAGCUGAACGCCGAUCUGCGCAAACUGGCCGUCAACAUGGUGCCGUUCCCGCGUCUCCACUUCUUCAUGCCCGGUUUCGCGCCGCUCACGUCGCGCGGCUCCCAACAGUACCGCGCGCUGACGGUGCCGGAACUCACGCAACAGAUGUUCGACGCCAAGAACAUGAUGGCGGCGUGCGAUCCGCGCCACGGACGCUACCUGACGGUGGCCGCCGUCUUCCGCGGGCGCAUGUCGAUGAAGGAGGUCGACGAGCAGAUGCUGGCAGUGCAGAACAAGAACAGCAGCUAUUUUGUCGAGUGGAUUCCGAACAACGUCAAGACCGCCGUCUGUGAUAUUCCACCAAAGGGACUCAAGAUGUCGUCCACGUUCAUCGGCAACACGACCGCCAUCCAGGAGCUGUUCAAGCGCAUCUCCGAGCAGUUCUCGGCGAUGUUCCGUCGCAAGGCGUUCCUGCACUGGUACACCGGCGAGGGCAUGGACGAGAUGGAGUUCACCGAGGCCGAGAGUAACAUGAACGAUCUGGUGUCGGAGUACCAGCAGUACCAGGAGGCCACCGCCGACGACGAGUUCGAGCAGGAGGAAUGCCACGACGAGAUGAUGGAGGGCGAGUGCGUCUAAAGUGUGCCACGGCCUCGCCGCGACCCGUGGAGAGCGGUAGUCGACUGACCGUCGGCUCGCAUUUCUUUUUUUAUUAUUUAUUACAAUCUUUUCGUAGCUAGGCAAACGAUUUUAUAUUACGGAAUACGCAGAUAGGAAGUCGGAUAGGUGUGUGAGUGUGCGUGUGUGAUUAAAGGAUCAGCGUCAGGAAUAACUCGCCUGAAAUAUAACCGGAAAUAGGGGGGAAAAACGAGGAGCUCAACCAUCGUGUACCACCAGCACGAUCUUGUAUCUCUUGUCGAAGAAAACGCCAUCGACCAGGACCGAUAAGAAGCUACCGGCACCGACUGGAAUCGAUACCGUGCACUUACAAGCGUCUGCAGCCUGCGGCAUCGGAGAUCUCCGGCAGAGUUUCUCGGGUGAGAGAAACUGCUUGCCACGAGCCCCGGCCGAUCAAACGAAACCAAAGCCGGCAACACGAAGACACGGCGUUGAAGAUGCGCUCACUGUGUGCCAGAAGUCGGCAGAGCCCAUCUGCGAAGAUUCCGAUCGGUUCCCUCUGGUCAGGCGAUGACGAACGUUGCGACAAAGUUAUUCCGGGGGCCGGAACAGUAGUAGAGAUUAGCAGAGACUUGCAUCGACUUACAACCGCUUUGGGCAAGAUACUCCUCAAAAUCGUAGAUAGACAGCUAGGGAAAACAGAAAACAGGGAGCCCAUACGAAAUGGGUGACACACACCCGAGAGUUUGAUAGGACCGCUUCCGUUCCGCGCUUUUUCGCACCAUCACACGGGAGCAAACAAAAGCGAAACGCGUGCGUUGCGUGCGGUCCCCAAACCCAAAGACAAUUGUAAUGGCACCCAAUUGU